AUGCCCUUCGUCGGUGAAGACAUCCGCCCUGGGAUCAAGCGAAGACUCAGCGACGACCAUGAACCGACAUCCUAUCGCCCCGACCAGCCAAAGGACUUUUACCUUCUCAACCAGAGGUCCGACCUCACCCCGCGCAAGAUCCUUCCCCUGACCAAGCGAGCCCGCAUCACUGAGGAUGACAUCCUCGCCCACGACAACUUUACCUACACCAACUCUCACAGACGGCGUCGGUCUUCGCAGCUCAAGAUGAUGCCAGUGCAGCCCCUUUUCGCCAGCCGUCCCUCACCUCGACCAACUGGGGCCAUCCUCGCUCCCUGCCACAUCUGCCACCGCAAACCAACCAAAAAGUCCGACCUCGACUCGUUUGCCGAAUGCCAAGGCUGUGAGACACAUUACUAUCAGAACAAGAAGCGCUCUCGAGGUCUUUUCAUAUGCACGACGCCGACGAUGAUCAACCCUCACAACGCAACGCCAAGGGAGGACAAGAAGCACACAAAGGAUGGGACGCUGUUGGACACCGCUCUGUGGUGUGUAGUCGAUGCUGCAUAG